AGAGCAUUGCUACAGCCACAAGCCGCAUGGCGACGGAGCACGAGGUCUGGGUCCCCAAGUCGGUGGCCACGGCGCCAUCGUCGCUGGCCAAGGCGAGCCUCGGCAGCUGGAUCCGCGUCUUUAUGAGCACGGACGCGGCGCCGCUGGAAGGCAGCCUCUUCACGCUGGACCCGACCUCGGGCUUCCUCGUGCUCGAGGCUCAAGACGCGACGCAGCUCGUGCACAUGGACGCGGUCGUGCGCAUCGAGGCCAUGGACACGCCGCCGAGUGCAGCGCCGGCGCUCUGCGUCACGGAAGAUGACCUCCGGAAGCUCGAGCUGCGCACGCGCCAGCAGGCCGAGAAGGCGAUCGCGUCAAUUGGCAAGAAUGUGUCGCCGACCGGCCAAGCCAUCUUUGACGCGCUGAGCAAGACGAUGCCAUGCGAGUGGGAGGACCAGAACAUCCGCGUCAUGCACGAAGUCGUGAUCCUGCCACCGUACGCGUCGGCGUCGUGCCAGAGCACCAACAAGGCGAUGCUCGACCGCAUUAGAAAAGUGCUGGACGGCGAGCACCGCAAGCUGCGACUCAAGCAAUAAUCCAACAUUCAAAACGCAUGUCCCUCGUCGAUCCAGUUGUACAAUUCGCAU